GGAGCGGGGGGGCUCCAGGUUGCAGGGUUUCCGCUCGCGCGAAAAGAUCCUCUGCGCCCUGUUUUAGUACCAAACGCGUAACUGGGGGCAACGGCCUGGUUUUCCAGAGUCCGGUUUUGUACCGACCUUUCGAGUGGGGCUGAAACCCAAGAAUGGGUGUCCUCUGUCUUGGGCCUUUGAGUUGGGGGCGGAGCCUGCGGGCGCCCAGGAGAUGUCCCUUGAAGCUUGUGACGCGUCUCUGCGGGGACCACUUGCAGACUACCCCGGCCAAGAAGGCUCGGGCGGAGCAGGAGGAACCCGGCACACCGCCCUCAUCGCCGCUGAGCCCCGAACAGUUGAUGCGCAUCCAGAAGAACAAGGCCGCGGCCCUGCUCAGACUCGCGGCUCGAAACGUUCCGGUGGGUUUCGGUGAAAGUUGGAAGCAGCACCUAAGCGGAGAGUUCGGAAAACCGUAUUUUAUAAAGCUAAUGGGAUUUGUUGCAGAAGAAAGAAGACAUUACACUGUUUAUCCACCCCCACACCAAGUCUUCACAUGGACCCAAAUGUGCGACAUAAGAGACGUAAAGGUUGUCAUCCUGGGACAGGAUCCAUAUCAUGGACCCAAUCAAGCUCAUGGGCUUUGCUUCAGUGUUCAAAGACCUGUUCCACCUCCGCCCAGUUUGGAAAACAUUUAUAAAGAGCUGUCUACAGACAUAGAUGGCUUUGUUCAUCCUGGUCACGGAGAUUUAUCUGGGUGGGCCAAGCAAGGUGUUCUCCUGCUCAACGCUGUCCUCACGGUCCGGGCACAUCAGGCCAAUUCUCAUAAGGAGAAAGGUUGGGAGCAAUUUACCGAUGCAGUUGUAUCCUGGCUAAAUCAGAAUUCACAUGGUCUCGUCUUCUUGCUCUGGGGUUCUUAUGCUCAGAGGAAGGGCAUCGCCAUCGACAGGAAGCGUCACCACGUGCUGCAGACUGCCCACCCCUCCCCCCUGUCCGUGUACAGAGGAUUCUUUGGAUGCAGACAUUUCUCUAAAACCAACGAGCUGCUGCAGAAGUCUGGCAAGGAACCCAUCAACUGGAAGGAUCUGUGACCCUGCACUGGGGGUGUGGUGGUCUCCACGCAGUUUCUAGAGUUUGUCAGUGAUGAGGUUGAAUUGAAAAAAUAAUUUCCCUAGUGAUUCUUGAGCAUCCUGCAUGUGGGGGAGACGGUUUUGGUACAGUGGCCAUGGGCCAGGCUGCCCAGGAGUGGCAGCUUUAUCCAGCAAGGACUGCACCCUAUGACCACACGUCUGUCUCUACAGGUGGCUUUGGCCUAGACUGUGCAUCAAAGCUCUUGCAAGGGAGAGGAGGUGACUCUCCUCCCUUCUGUUUGCUUUAUGGUAGAGAUGGAGAGAUUAGCACCUUUUUGGUAUGUGAGACACUGCUAGUUGUUUUUACCUAUAGGAUACACUUUAGGUUAUAAGGUCUCCGAUGUUUUUAUUUAGAAAGGCUUCUUUUGCAUAUCCUGGUAUUCUGUCUGGGCCAGGUCCCUCCCAGAAGGAACUAGGAUUUUUUUUUUUUCUCCCCCCCCC